AAGCGAAGCACAAGCAACGAAUACAAGUGCUCAAUUUGUGAACGGGUAUUUCAAAAAAAGUACAAUUUGGAUACGCACGUCAAAACCCAUGAUAAAAACAGGGUAAAAAACUUCAGUUGUACUGAUUGCGAUAUGUUGUUUGAUAGAAAAUCACAUUUAAACAGACAUACCAAAACAGUCCACCAGCAAAGAAAAGAACACAUCUGCGGCCAUUGUGGAUCUCAAUAUACUCGAUCCGAAAACCUCAGAAAGCAUGUCGAUAAGAACCAUGGAAAC